GAGGUUAUUUGCAAAUACUAUAAAAGAAGAAAGGAACAGAAACAAACUCGGAAGAAACCGCACAUUAACACACACACACCUUGAUAAGGCAAAUAAAACCAAGCGCAAACUCUGCCCCUCCAUUUCUUCUCAGAUCGGACCUUAUUCCUGCAAUGGGAGUAGAAGUAACAGAUAUAUGCAUGGACAAGGAGCCAGAUUGUGUCAUAGUUUAUUCAAAUGGUGUUUCCCAUGAUUUAGAUCAUGAAACUGUUCCCAGUCAUCAUGAUGGUCUAGAGUCCUAUGAGCCUAUCAAUGGUGUUCCUGAGCCUGAGGUUCAGAGUUCAGAGGGGAGCCCUGAAGCAAAGGAAUAUGAAGUAAAGGAAUGUACUACUGAAAUCUCAGUUGAGACUGCUGAAAUACCCCAUGAUGAGAAAAGUAAUGAGCAGUUAAGCUCAAAAUUUGAGAAUGACUUAAAAGAGGAAAAGGUCAAGUCAGGAAAAGAGAAAACAAAGGACAAUAGUAAGUCUCAACCAUGCAGGAAGCUUGCAUCAAAAGCUGCUUCUGGAGUUGUUCGAACAAAACACACUGUUCCUCAGCCAUUUGCUCUAGCAACUGAAAAGCGUGCUUCAUCUGGAACUCGUCCUACUGGUUCUGAACUUGAUGCCCCUGCUACUGUGGAUAACGCAUCCAAUGCAAACAAUGUGCUACGUCCAAACACUACAAAGCAGAAUCAGCCCCUUGGAGUAUCCAGAAAGCCAUUGCAGCCAAAAAACAAGAAGCAUCCUGAUGAGGAGGAUAAUUGUUCUGUUACUUCCAUUACUGCAGCAUCUGCUCCAACUAAUAAGUCCAGGACAACUGUUGCAUCAGCUCCAGUAUUUAGAUGCUCUGAAAGAGCGGAGAAACGGAAGGAGUUUUAUUCAAAGUUAGAGGAGAAGCACCAAGCAUUGGAGGCUGAGAAAACCCAAAGUGAAGCAAGGAUCAAGGAAGAAAAGGAGGCAGCGAUCAAGCAACUAAGGAAAAGUUUGUUGUUUAAGGCUAACCCGAUGCCAAGUUUCUACCAUGAGGGACCACCACCUAAGACUGAACUAAAAAAGCUUCCACCAACUCGUGCAAAAUCCCCAAAGCUCGGCAGAAGGAAGAGCUGCGGUGAUUCAGCAAAUCCAUCUAUGGAAGAUAUGGUUAAAGGAGAUUGCGGUGAGGGAAAUUGUCAGAGCCUGGAUAGUUACAAAGAAGAAACCUGCACCCCAGUUUCUACCAACGGAAAGGACCAGCAUAACACCCUAAAUGGUCAUGCUAUUUGGAAAUUAAAAGAUGAACAUGACCAAGCGGAAGAGGUAAACAUGUCAAUUCCACCUGUCGUAAACGGACACAGUAAUUCAAGCAUCGAUGUUGAAUAUUAACUUAUUAAGUUUGUGUUGAGUCCUUAUUUAUAAGAGUCAAACCCAAUGUUGCCCUUUUGUGACUCAUGUGAAGAAUGUGCUGCUUCCUGCUUGUUCCCUUUUUAACAUGCAAGGACUUGUUGUUGUGAUUGUGUAAUGUAUGAAGUGUAAAUUUCCUGUAAGUUAUAUUAUCUAUAUAAAGCUUCCCCAUUUUUCGGUAA